AUGACAGAACACCGCCUACCGGUCAAGCAGCUGGCCAUUCUCUCACUAUGCCGGUUUGCCGAGCCCAUCGCCCUCACGUCUGUCUUCCCCUACGUACCGGAGCUCAUGGAGUCCUUUGGCAUCCCCAAGAAUGACAUCGCGCGCUGGGCUGGUAUCUCGUCCUCGGCCUUCUCGCUAUGUCAGGGCUUCACUGGCCUCCUCUGGGGCGCUGCAUCCGAUCGCUACGGGAGGAAACCGAUUAUACUUUUUGGCCUUACCAACACCAUGUGGUCGAUGUUGCUAUGGGGCUUCUCGCUCAAUCUGCCCAUGGCUUUGGCCGCACGCGCUAUCGGAGGACUAUCGAACGGGUACGUGGGCAUCCUGCGCACUACGGUGGCCGAGCUAUGUCCAUGGAAAGAACUACAACCGAGAGCGUUCAGUGUCAUGCCUCUGGUCUGGACAGUUGGUGCCACGUUUGGACCUACACUCGGUGGAGCCUUGGCCAAUCCUCUCCGCGUAGAUCCUCGCAAGCCUAAGGGCACCGCUUUUCUGGAGAGAUUCCCAUAUUGCUUGCCCAAUAUCGUGGCUGCUGCAUUAUUCACUUUUGGCAUUUCAGUAGGCUGGCUGUUCCUCCAGGAGACCCUGGAAAGCAAGAAGCAUGCCCCAGAUCUAGGCCUGAGAACUGGGGCUCGGUUGACAGCAUUUGUUCGCAAAAUACUACACCUUCCAACCAAGAAGCAGAACAGCAGUUCAGAGCACGAGCCUCUACUUGGUCAGCGUAAAGCAAUCGACAGCGAAACGAUGUCGCAACAUGAUGCUGCUCAUGAAAUUCUCCCAGAAAAAGCACCAAGGUAUCGGGACGUAUUGACGUAUCAGACAUCGCUCAAUCUGAUUGUGUACACGCUACUCGCUAUGUACCUUCAGGCAUAUGAUCAGGUGCGUGAUUUUGUGCGCCUACUAAAUAUUGAUAUUGAUCCAGUGCAGCUGCUUCCAGUGUUCAUGCAUCACCCUGUACAACUCGCAGACGACCCUACGGUAUCCCUUCCUCUGAAAUUUGCAGGAGGCUUCGGAAUUGAAUCCCGUCGCAUCGGCAUCAUUUUUACCGUAUUCGCCAUCUCAUGCACAGUGUGUCAAUUCCUGCUGUUCCCACCCAUUGCGCGCUAUCUCGGUGUUGUUCGCUGCCUUCGGAUCGCCUUUCUCAUCUUUCCGUUUGUGUUCUUCGUCACACCGUUCCUGUCACUUAUCCCAGAUCCAGUCACUAGGGAAAUCGCCAUGGUAAUGCUUUUGAUGGUCAGAGGCCUAGCUGGCACAUUCUCGUUCACCACCAGCACAAUCAUGCUCACGAACAGUGCGCUUAGUCUACGUGUUCUAGGCACCGUCAACGGCCUCGCUACUAGUUUUAGCUCUUUUGGUAGAGCGUUAGGUCCUACUUUAGGGGGCGGCUUGUUUACUUGGGGUGUCAAGCGCGGCUAUGUCAUUGUACCUUUCUGGACGAUGUCUGCCAUUGCGCUUGCUGCCUCUAUACCAACUUUCUGGCUAGUCGAUGGUAAAGGGUUUGGAGGCGACGAAGAUAUCAACGACCAGGAAAACAUCAUCGAGACAGAAGAAGAAGUGGUUGAGAAUGACGCACGGGUGCCUCCAACAGCCUGGCAGCAAGAUGAAGCAGCGUUUUCCGAGUCAGAAUUUGGCGACUUUGGUGACCCACCAAAUAUCCUGAGUCUCACAACUACGCGAUCGAGCGUGGCUAUGGCCUCUGAUGAUGAAGACAACGCUUCAGUAUCUGUGGGUCAAGGGCAGUCGAUGAAUCCUUUGGAGGCGGCAAGAAGUCAUUCGCAGACCAGACGACGAAAGACUGUAAGAAGGACGUCAUCGAUACCGAUUGGUAUGGGUAAGGGAUUCAGGCGAUAUAGCUCUAACCUAGGCAGCACGGGUAUCGGCGGAGGCGGUGCUAGCUGGGGAGGCGCAUAA